AUGUUAGCAUUAGCAGAGCAUGCCGCGUGGUCAAAGGUAAUGCUGCGUGCUUGCUGGAGCCAUCGGAUGUCUUCAGACAUGCAGCGUUUGGUUGCAGAUGUGCGCUUUCCAUCAGAGUUGUGGGUUCAGCAACUAGUGGCCACACAAGAGUUGUCUAAUUUUUCCCCACCUCCUCAGCUUCCCUUGAGCGCUGACCAUGCAGCACACAUUUCGCAGAGGCUCAGGGAUUUUGCUCCUGCGUUGUUGCGUGAAUUGCUUGACGAGGAGGCUAGAGCGGCUGAGGUUUUUGAUCUAGAGCAAAUGGUUUCGAGGUUGGAUUUUUUUGCAAGCACUUUCAAAAUCUCUGACAGCAAGAACAAAAUCUUUGAUGGGGAGACUCUUGUUGCUACGUGCGCAGCUGCAAUGCAGCUCAAAAGCCGGGCAACACUCAGACAAAGCAUCCAGCGAGUGUUUGAUCAGGUUUUUCCGGGUUGCGAGGUAGCCCCGUCUUCCUGGUCAAAAGUUCCUUCACCAAGUACCAUUUCUCGAGCGCAGCUUUUGCUUGAUGCCGCGCUUUGUGGUGUAAUGAGGGAUCGCUUUGCAAGCUCACGCAGCUCUUUGUUCAUGUUUGCAGACAGUUCACCCCAGGCAGGUCAUGACUACUUGCUGUCAACAUGUCUGAUGAUUUCAGCCGAGCGCUUAGAGAACUGUUACCUUGCCGCUCAAAGCCUAAGGGUUUCUUGGUCUGAUUUCCUUUCUGCGUACAGGGAUGAAGAUGCAGAUGCGAUGCGUGACAUCAUUGCAAAUCGUCAAGAAUGCACCCUAGCUCUGACGGAAGGUCUAACUGUUCAUCGCAUGUUACCCAUGGCGCUAGGAUCUGGUGCCAGCAAUCUUGAUCACAAGAGCCGUGUGCUUGCCAGGGCAUUUUUCGCUGAGACCCAGUCAUUGCCCUUGUUACAGCAGACCUUGUCACGAGUGGUUUCCGUAACCACGGACAUGGGCACAGAACUUGCUCUGGCAGACAUGGCAGGCCCUCGCUUGCAGGAAGUUUUGCCAUCUUGGUUAAACGAAGGGGGGUUAGAAGCAGAUGUUGACGGUAACGGGGCCCCCCCAAACAUUGCUGAGCUUGACUUGGGACAGGAAUACUUCGCAGAGUAUUUUCUUCCACGGGCGAUCGCAGUUCCGGGACUCAAUCAUAUCGUUGAGAACAUGUGCUCGGAUUGUAACCGUGCAAUGGAAGGGUGGGACAGCUUUCUAACAAGCCUGAAGCCUCUGAUUUCCAUGUUGCACCAUGACCACUUGCGCCAGAGAUUUGUUGCAUCGUGCAUUCGCGGUACUGAGCAUGCAUGGAUGGAGGGCCGUUUCCAGAAUCGGCUACCAAUGUAUAUUGAGUGGCGUUGGGGCAGUACUGUGCACACCCUAGAGCAGCUGAUCCCACUUCAGAAGUUCUUGCAGGCGUCUUGGAACCCAGGCCUUUUCCAGGGAAGGGCCAACGCAGCAGAUGAAGGUAACAAUGAACGUGGCUUUGAAAGUGCCAAGGUGCCAGAAAUCACAGCAGCAAUUCGCAGCAACUGGUUUUGGGGUUAUGGCAGCUUGGUUUUGAUGAUAAACAAAGUCAGUGCAGACUUCGCUUCGUGGGCAGAGGGGUGUCCAUGUCAUCCGUUCGCAGCGCAUAAAAAUUUGCCAGAGCCAGGGAAAAGUUUGGAGCAGGAUGCUCUCAUUGCGCUUGAGUCCUACUGCAAAGAGCUUGGUGUGCCGCGUGGCAUUGAUGGCAGGGGUUCUCGACCCUGCCCCCUAGCUGGGCUGAGAGCUGCUGAUCUUGCGUGUGGGGCAGUUGAGCGGCAGAUAGAAAAGGUGGCAAGCAUGUGCAAAGAGGAUCUUUUGGGGCAGCUACCAACUGUAUCCGCAGAGGAGAUGAUGAAAAUUCUAGAGAAUUUUGAAAGCGCCAAAAGUCAUAUCCUAGCAACCGUUGCGAAUAAACUCAAGUAUUGGAAGAUGAUGCCUUGGCAGCUUGCUGCUUUGUGUGUGACAGAUGAAAACCAAGCCCGGGAAACUGCCAGGACGAUUCUGAAUGAUUUUGACUCUGCAGAUCAAGACCCAAAUUUGCAUCAUCGUUUGACUUGGUAUUUGUUGAAAGUUUGCGGAAGCUUUCGCUCUGAGUUGGAUUCUUUCGCGUCCGGCGAGCCUUUGAGUGAGCAGCCACAACUGAAGCGCAUUGUCAUGGAGAUGGCAUUCAUUCCUGUCGAGCGUCGACAAGAGGGCGAUCACGCCUUCAUCCACAAAGGUGCCGUCCAUCGCAAGGCAGUUCAGGCGUGGAGAGACCGCAUGGUGCCAAAGCAAAGGUUAAAUGGUGAUGUUGUGGAGCAGUCAGCUAUCGCAGAUCACUUGCGUGACUUCCUACAAGGGCAACCCAGCGUUGUGCUUUCCGUUCCGGCUGUCCAUGCAACAGCUAUGAAAAGCCUAGAGACUGCUUUGGUUCAGGAUUCAGGUGCGUCGCAAGUGCAGGGACAGCCGCAGCUCGAAGCAGAUGUUGAUGACCUUGCCCCUGUGAACAGUUUAGAGCCGGUAAGGGACACGUUGUACUUUCGCGUGGUGCCACUGCGCAUUGAUCGCCAGAAGGUCGUUGCCAUGCCUGCGUCCAGGGCUGCCAAGCUGAAGUCGCAUGAGUUGUGUGUCACAAGGCAUUCUGCCCACAGGUUUGGUGAUGAGCACAUCGUGUCUGUUGAGGCUGAGAAAGCCGUGGCUGCUCAGAAUCCUGCAGCCCAAGACACAGCAGGUGCAGUGUGCAAGUUGAUGGCUGCCCGGGCUUUUCCGGGUAGAGAGCAGGUGCUUCAGGUUGCAUCGUCGGACACCGAGACCAUUCGGCAGUUGCAAAUGUUGCUUGACUUGCGUGUGGUGACAAAAGUUGAGAACCGUGAUGAUUGUUGCGUGUGGAGCUUUACGGAGUUUGGGGCUUCCCAACUUCGCGUGGCCAGUGAGCUCCAGAAACCUGAGAAUGUCUUCGCAGCCUUGUCAGACUUUUCUUUGCCCAGCUUGGAGGAUGCGUCGACUUGGCAGCUUGUAGCUGCGCUCAAGGCCAAAGGUUUCCAGGUUCGUCAGAAGCCCAAGAAAAAAACAGAUGUUGAGAGGUUGCCGCCCCACACGGCGGAGAGCGUAAAUCUUGUCUGGUACGUGUCCAGUGCCAGUGUGCAGCUCCUUCGCCCAUACAUGAUUGCUCUUUUGCGUGCUGAGUCUUUGUUUGCCGAAGGUGUGCUCUUGAAACUUCACCAUUGUCAGCUCAAGGCAUACUACGCGAAGGUCUUGGAAGGUCAUCACAGUGGAAGUCCACUGCAAGCCCUUGCAGAUGAUGUUCGGCCAGCUUUGGAACUUGAUGUUGAGCGUGCGGUUGCAGUGCAAGUGGAACCAGAACUGCCAGCCAUAGCUGAUACAGCUGCAGGCCGCCCAAAGAAGCGUGCGCGUCAAGGCGACAGGCAACCUGUUCAACCUGUGCCAGAGCAGCCAGAGCAAGAAGGUCAAGAAGCAGAGCUUGAUGUUGAUGCAGUUGAUGCAGCAAACAGCUCGGACAGUGGUUUGGCUUCCGAGACAGUGUCCUCGCCUCUCAACUUUCUGUCGGAAGCUGACUCUGAUGAUGCCAGGGAGCCAGACCCUGAAGUUGUCGAUCAUGCAGAGCCCGCUAGCCCUGCAGCAACUGUGUUCUAUGACCUUGAUGCUGGUGAGGCCGGUGAGGCGUCUGUUGAUGAGAGUGAACCAGUGCAUGAGCGUGUGCCUGCCGCAGCCACCUUGUCCGAUGCUGUUGCCGAGACGCCUGUUGCCAUUGCUGGCAUUACUGCAGCUGCAGCCAGCCCCGAUGCACUUGAAGCCCAUGACCCGGUUGUUGCAGUUGGGCCCGCUGAGCUUGAUUCAGGUCCUGUCGGAGCUGCUGAUGUGCCGCCCCCGUCGCCUGCUGAAGGCGCAGCCCGACGUCAUCCUCAGGUCCAUGCUGAUUCCUUUAUGUGGAGGCCUUUUCGCUUCACAUGGAGCAGCCCAGCGAAACGCCCAAAGUUCGGCAGCUGGCAAGCCACCUGCCCUUACCAUAAAGCAUCAGCGGCCACUGGCUGUAAGAAAGCCAUUGGAUUGCGUAAUUCCACGGAGGACGAGAGAGUUUUGUGCCGUGAUCUCUUGAAAGUCUGGUGCUUGUCGGCCGCCUCCCACGACAGACAACGCAGUCACAAGCAAGUGGAGCCUAGACAUGUUGAACUGCUUGACAACAGGGUGUUGGAAGCUCGGCUUGCUGGGUAG